CUAACAUGGAAAACAAUGCAAAGCAUUUUAACAAUGAAAAAUGUAACAAUGGAACUGUUGUAGAACAUCAUCUCCCAGAUGAAAGUGAACAUGAUUUAAGGCUCAAGGUUAGUGGAGUGGAAUUCCGAUGUAAUAAGCUACAAAUGAUGAAGAACUGUGAGUUUUUUAGAGGCAUGUUUCAGAGCAACAUGAAGGAAGCUAUGUCGGACUGUGUUCAGCUGAAGGAGGCAGACAUUGAAACCAUGUCAGCUGUCAUAAACUUCUGUAUGACUGGUAGGAUACAACUGUCCCCACAGAACAUUCACACGGUCGCAGAACUGGCCUGCAAAUAUCAGAUACCUAAACUGAUUGAAAAGUGCAGCCUUUAUCUGCUGGAAUCCCUGAAUGCUGACAACUGCAUCUCUACAAUGUUAUUUGCUCACAACAUCUACCUUAAAGAGGCAUACAGAAAAUCCAGGUUUUAUGUCCUUUGGAAUAUCAUGAAGUUGCUUGAAAAAGAUGAAUUCUUAGAAAUGGAAGUUUCUGAUUUAAAGAAAAUCAUCAGUGAUUCUCAGUUAAAUGUUAAAUGUGAGAUAGAAACCCUAAAAGCUGUGAUGUGUUGGAUUAACCACAGAAGGUCAGAGAGAAUUCAUUUGUUAUCAGAGAUUCUCUUGGAGUCCAGUCUCUUAGAUUUUUGUACUGACCAAGACUUGGAAAUGAUGGGGAAGAAUCCAGAUAUCAUAGAGGACUGUAAUAGUGAUGUUAAGUCAGGGCUGGUGGCAGCAAAGAAUCACAAAAGGAAGAGGCGCUUCACACCUCAUCAGAUUGUUUCUGUAGGUGUACAUUUGGAGAGUGAUUCUGAUGAAGAUGAUGGAAGGGAUUCCAUAUCCAAUCCUCGACAGAUCGUGUUUUACGAUGUAGAUACAUGUCAAACAGUGCACUAUGCUGACACACCUGAUGGAUGCUUAGUAUCCCAUGAUGCUUUGAUAGGAAAAAAAGGAUACAGUGUCUGUGUCCAAGAAGAGAAUAUGUUUGUGAGUGGAGGGGAAAAUAUGCUAGGGAAAAACACUUGGAUGAUGGAGAUUUGGUGUUACAAUUCUUUUGAAAAGACAUGGAGGGUAGUGGGAAAGCUUAGAGCACCUAGAAGACAUCAUGCCAUGUGCACUCUGGGAGAAUCAUCACUGCUUUUGAUUGGUGGAUUUGGCCGAUACAGAUAUCGUCUGGACUCAGUUGAAAAAUGGAAUCAUCAGACUGAAGAGUGGCACGAGUUAGCAUCCUUACCAGAGAGGAUGGUCAACAUCACGGCCUGUCAGUGUGAUAACCAUAUAUUCGUCAUCAAGAAUGACUCCCUGUCUUCCCUUCUGUCAUACAACCUAGAAUCUGACCAGUGGACAUGUCACUCUAUACUCUGUACUCUAGGAGACGUGGUGUUUGAUGCCAGAAGAGUUUGGAUGAUUCCAGACAAUGAAGUUCUUUUUAUAGGGAUGGACAAUCUUAAUACUGUGUUAAAAUUCAACACAGUUACAGACAAAGUUGAAGAGUGUUCUUUAUUUGGGAAUAAUGAUGAUGAUGAUGGUGUCCAUUCAUCAGGUUAUGGUGUAUAUAAGCAGAUUCCAAAACAUUUUAAUGUAACCAGUGAAGCCAUUCAAGUUUUGACAAAAGUUUACCAUAUAAAGGACAACCUAAAUAGAGACAAGUUGUGGCCUUUUUUUUGUUUCUUUGUUAAGAAUGAACUUUUUGCACUUCCAUCUUUUCCCUGACUAAAUGUAAAAAGGUGUGCAUAAAAAAGUUCUGAAGACUGUAAAAUGUAAGAAUUAAAAAGCUAUUCAGUUUUGA